UUCAAUGUGCAGUGUGACAAGAGCUUUAAUAGCUUCUAGGUUCAGCUGAGCGUUUUGACUGUUUUGACAACGAACGUCGUGGGACGAUUUCUCGUAAUUUUAUUUUUGCUUAUAACAUCAAGAUUUCGACCGAAUAAACCGCCGGGAACAUGGAUUUACUGGGGUCCAUCCUAAAAUCCAUGGAGAAGCCGCCGUCGGUGAACGAGAAGCAAAAGGCCCUCAUAAAAAAACAACAAGAGGAAUUUCAGAAGUGUCAGAAGGCCGAGGCGGAGAAGCUCAAGAUCUUUCGGCAAAAGGUCGAAGAGAAAAUCAACAAAUUUCUGCAAAAUGAUAAUGUGAAAGAAUUCAAAUUUCCUGCCAUGGACCAGAUACACAGGAGUAUCAUUCACGACGUGGCAGAAGUAGCAAAUAUCCUGGCAUACUCUUUUGGUGAGGAAGGCGUUGAUCGGUACAUCAUGAUCUUCAAGAGGGAGCAUCCACCUUCCGAAGAUCAAUUGAACACACUGCGCAGAGGUGACGAAUGGAAUGAGGAAGUUGCAAAAAAAAUGAAGGAAGAGAGAGAGAGGAAAGCCAAGGAGGAAGCAGAAUAUGCACAAUCUAGGAAACGAAAAGAGAAUUUUGUGCCCAACAGUUUCUACAAAGAUAAAUAUCAACACCUGAUUGGCAAGGAGGCAGCCUUGGAAGCAGCUAGGAAAACAGAGGCCAAUAGUAGUUAUGGAUGUGUUCCUAGUGAAAAUAAGAAGGAUCAAAGAAGUAUAGAACAAACUCUAGCCGAUAUACGUGCCAAGAAAAGGAAGUUGGAGGAAAUGAAUAACGAGACUAGCAAUUGCAGCGACAACAGUACAAAAUAGUGCUAUUAUAUAAAUAAUCAUAGGCAUACAUAAAUUAUAUAUACAUAUACAUAUAUAUAUAUAUACAUAUAUAUAUACAUAUAUAUAUAUACAUAUAUAUAUAUACAUAUAUAUAUAUAUAUAUAUAUAUAUAUAUAUAUCCAAUUAAACAUGUAAAUAAUUCAACAUAUUAGUUAUGUUACAAGUUAUUACAAAUUACUGCAUUAUACACACCAUUAGGGAAGCCACGCCUAAUUUGUAAUUUGUCAAAUUUCUCUUAUUCGCGAAGUAUUCUAUGAGGUACUAUAAGUUCUAUGAUGGCAGAUUAUGAUUAAUGUCUAUCUGCAUUAGAAGUGCAACAACUCACUUCUAUAUCGUCUCGUUAUUGAUACAUGUAUUUAUUACUGAAGAGAAUCGGGUCUCCUAUUUACAAUAUAAUACAUCAUCUCGUGUGUGCAUGUACACAUGCAUACAUGACACAUAA